AUGCCUGCAGCUUCCACUAUCUCCAACUCGCCCGCUGAGUCACCCAUCAAGCCCCAUAGUUGGUCACCAGCGAGCUUGCGAGUCUACACUCUCAUCCUCGACGCGAGCAGCCCCAUGUUCCCUUAUGGUUGGACCCCGGAGGGACUAAACGACACGUCUCGCUCCAACUCGUCUAUCCUCUCGUUCCUUGGAACUGGUGUCACUGUGAAAGGAUCUGCGCAACCAAACACCACCUACCAACUCACGAACCCUAACGACACGCACCAAAGUCUUCUAGAGCCUGAAGGCGAUGUCCUCCUCAACAGCAGCGGCUCGGACAAGCUGCUGCAGGCCCUGAGUUUUGAGCCAAUCCCUACUGUCACCAGCGUGGUGAUUUCCAGUACGAUGGAUGUUGAUGACCCGAACCGUCCGGAAAACCUUGAUACGAUUCCGCUGGUGGACGAGGUGGAUGGUAAUCAUACCCUCACAUCCGACGCCAAGGUGACCUUCACGGGCAGUACCAUCAAUGGUGAUGUGGUAUAUCUGGCCGAGAACAACGCGAUUGAAAUCAAGCUACCCAGUAACACCACGCGAGUCAUGGUCUUGGGCGUUACGGAUCCCGACUUUGGAACGUACAGGGCCUCCCUCAUCACGAAGAACCCCGACACGGAUGUGAACACGUUCAACAGUUCUGCUUACCGUUCGGAGAAGAACCCGAACGAACAGCCCUACUACGACAUCACGCUUGAUCCGCAGCAGGACAGUGUGUACAGCGUCAAGGUGCUGGCCGACGGAAAGGGGAUUGGCCUGAAGACAGUCAAGAUUUGGUAUUCGACAAAGGACAAGCCAGAGGAUGUGAAGACGGGGAAAAACGCGGUCGGCAAAAACAAGUCUAAUCACAUUGGGCCCAUCGUCGGCGGUGUGGUGGGCGGUGUUGCUGCAGUGGCCAUCGUUGGUGGUCUAUUCCUUUGGUUUCGCCGCCGCAAGCAGCAAGACGACAAGCUGGCCUACCGCCGAGUCGUUCCGUUCACUGGUGGCGCGGCUCACCCAAGCGACCCCGUCACGGCGGAAGUCGGCACUCCAGGUAGUCUCAACGUUUCGAGUCCGCAACUGAAUGCCACGUCCAUGCGUGGAGUCAAUGUGCCCGUCGCGGCCGCACCCCUACUCGUUGACGGUAGCAGCGUGGACUCGAACAUGCAUGUGCCACCUCUCUCUGCCACUGGGAAUAUUUCGGUCAAGGAAGAGCUGCCUGUUUACGACACCAGCUGGAAGAGCACGGCGUCUGGCGACGAAAAGCCCAAGCAGCGCGGGUUCAUUCCGCGUCGCCGGUCGCAGCGCAGCGUUGCGUCGACGGACUCGUCGGUUUACGGCUCGGACGUCGAGGAAGACACUCAUCUGCGCGUCGGCGAUUCGCGUACGAGAGUUUCGCGCUCCCAUCGCUCGUCGUCAUCGAAGCGUCCCGGAAAGUGA